AGAAACAAUGCAGAAUUGUUUUAUAGAUUGUAUUUAAGCACACUGUUCAGCACAAUGAAACAAUAAAAAGUAUUUGCCAAGCAGUUCAGACUUGUGGUUUGUUUAGUUACCACAUACCAUGCAUCCAUACAUCUCUCAGGGAACACUGUUUACAGAACUGCAGUUCAGACUCAGCAAGUCCUGUGACGGAGAUUUCCAUUUACUCUGCAUUAUCUAGCAGAGACAUUCUCACGAUCCAUAAAGUUUUCUUUCUACCCCUUCUUACACCCCUCCCCCAAAUCUAAAUGCUACCUCCAGGAACUGAAAAAAAAAAACAGAUUUACAAUGCACACAGUUACAGCAGAACUCCAGAUCACUGGUAUGUGUAUGCAGUUAAAGACAUCAAAUCAGAAGUCAAGCAAGCAGAGUGAGAGCAUGCACAUAUACCUAUGCAAUGUUCUUGAAGUGCCUGAUUGUGGCAUGCCCUGUACAACUCACAUUUUUAUUUUUUCCAAAACCUUCUAAAGUAGUAGUAAUGGCAGUGCAAAAUAACUAUCACUAGGACGGAUUUGAUGAAAAGUUGCUGUUGGUACUGUAACUUUAAGAGAGAAAAUGAAAGUGAAAGAGCUUCUUGCUAUUCUCCUCCACCCAUGCUGUUGAGGCUCCACUUUGAAGGUUUACAUCGAUGGCUACCUACGUGACAAAGCAUUUCAGACACCCCUGUAGUUCUUGGAGAGGCUGCAAUGUGAACCCACUGAGUGCAAUAUCACUGCUGACUUCUGUGUGAGCCUGUUGGGGUGGCACGCCAAAGACGGGGCAUUUUUUUGCAGCAGUUCAAUGGCUUGUGGUUUCCCUAGCACAUGUUCCACCCUUUAUUCAACUGUGCUGAUGACAGCCCUCCUGUUAUUGCAGAUCCAGGAACAUGGAACAGACAGCCACGUGUGCAGUGCGCCAAAGACAGUAAAGUAUGCAAAUGAUAUUGAAGGGAAAUUUGAACUGGAUUCUGUGGUGAGAUACACAUGUCUGGAUGGCUACAAAAGGGAAGCAGGCACCUCCAACCUGGCAGUAUGCAUGCUGAUCAAUGGGACAGCCCAGUGGAAUUAUGGAAGCACAUCCUGCAUCACACUUCCACCUCCACCCCCAGCCUCCUCCAACAGUCCUCUCUUAAAACCUACUGCAUUCUCCCCUUCAGAUUCUAGUGCAUCAACAUCUACAGAUCAUUUUGGGACAUCUGAAGAAUUUGACUUUACAGUUCCGUCAACCACAGAGCAGACACAAGAGAGGGCCGAACCAAAGGAAGUCACAGCUCCUGGAAGUACGAGCACAACUGGAUAUAAAUACAGUGACCCUACUACAGAGAAUGAUGUUUUAUCAGUGAGCUUUGGAAUGUCUACUGAAAAUGAUGUACAUAGAAGGCCACAAGAUAUCUCUCAACCAAUUGAGAUCUCACCUUCUGGAAAUUCUAUUACACAUGGAACUUUGGAACAGAGCACUCCCAAUGGACAGAGCACCGGAACGUCAGAACCAGAAGCCUUAACAUUUCCAAGAAGCACUGGGACUUUUGCAGAAAUUGAUGCUAAAAAAGGAAUGCUAACUACAACAGAGCCAGAACAACUUGUAUCCAAUCCCACUGAAUUUACCACUGAACAGAUUCCUAAUAAUCUAGGCAUAGAACAGAAGCCGUCGCCGGGGUAUAUCUCAAUAGGCGUUUCAAUUGUUGCCUCCAUCAUUGCCAUUUCUUUGAUCCUGUUUUUAAAAUACAGGCAUCGUGCAGUUUACAAGCCAGAUUUAACGCAGUCAGCGCACAAUCUGCCAUUUGAUGGUUUUUCUAAUGAAGAUCAUGAAAUAGAGCUGGAGUGCCUUAAUAAUAGGGAUUCUAUUACCUUAUUUCCCAGUGCUGAUGAUAAUACAGAAGAAGUGACAUAUUUGUAAGAAAGUUUCAAGACUCUGUGUAGAGGAUGAUUGUGUAAGCAAUCCAAGCCAGAUUCGAUUCUUACAACGGUCUUCUGGGUUCUAAACAGUAUUGACAUGAGUUUUAGUAAUAUGGGACAGAAAAAUAUAAAUAUGAAGUAUUGGAGUAUCUGUGAAUGUACCAAUAUUGUAAGGUACACAUUUACAGUGGUACAAAUGUGAAAUUAGGGCCAUCCAACAGAGACAAAAAGCACAUUAAUAUAUAUAAUACCAAAGUGUAUCUAAUAAGAGAGCAUUUUUACUGUCCCACACUUGAGAUGGCAACUAUUAGCAAAAAAAGGGAAUGCCUAGGUGAAUACUGGACUAAAUGUGUCACAUGGAGUGGCAAAUAACAGCAAGCUUCUUGGGGCUCAAGCAGUCUCACCACUAGACUACAGUCACUACUAACCUAAUAAUACAGGUUGAAACAGUAAUUAGAAGGGACCCUAUCACGGUUUUUAAACCGAUUCCGUCAUUUAUAGCAGCAAAUAGCAAAUAGUAAAAACCUCUAUCGUUGAAAGCAGUGCUCUUGGUGUUCUUGUUAUACCCAUCCAUAUAAACUACAAUACCGUCCAUAGACUUCAUAGACAUUUGUCACGCUACUAGAUAAAGAGCAGUUACUGUGACUAUGACUAUGAUUGUAUCGACUACUUGCUCCAUAGAAAACAAUUUUGAAUGGUGGCCAUAGAUGUUUAUAUGUUAAUAAGAACUUUUUUUACUAUCGUAGGACCGGAAACGAAUGUUUAAAUGCACAAUUUGUCCAUCAACAAAAAACGACCAUUUCAAUCGAUAUUAUCUAGUUGAAGGUAGAAAACUGUAGCUGCCUGAUUGGCCCUGCAAACAUUGGAUAAUGGAUAUAUUCCUUGUGAGCAAUGCAAAUUUUCUAACCUGA